AUGCGAUUGACGCCCUCGAACCUGGGCCUCGUCGCCCUCGCAACACUCCCUUCUGCUCUUGCAGCCCUCCACCCCGACAUCCGCGCCGACACGAACCGUGACGGUGGCGUCGACAUCUCAGGCAACUCGGACGUAUCUAAUAAAGCUGUCUGGUCGGCAUCAAGCGGCGCGAUUUUCCUGCCGAACAUCGGUGAUACCACUGGCCGAUGUCCAAAGACGGAUCUGAACGGGGGAAAACUCAGUAAUGAUGAGCUCGCAUACUGCAACGAUGCAUCGGGCGAUGUGCUUUUGUCACCAAAGUAUGUGGCGCCCUUGAGGACUGUUCCUAUGAAAGACCUUUCAUCCGAUGCGUAUGGGUAUGUCUAUGCGACGCCAGACGCGGCGUACCAGCGAGUUAGGCUGUUUCUUAAGGGGAACGGGGAUAGUGGAGAUUCGACAGCGUGGACAUUGCUUGAUGAGCGGUUUCGACUCAAUGCAACACAGCUCCAGGAGGGCCUUGUACUUGGCCUCGAUAGUCGGGAGUUGGUGAAGGAUAGUGAUAUCUGGGAUGGAAACGUGGUUGUUAAGCUGGAUGUCUUUAGUGGAAAGGAUUCCGGGAGUGAUGCCGUUGCACUCAAACUCGCGCCGGUCCUAACGCACCACCAUCUCCAGAAAGUCGAUACCCUUAUCAGUGUCGCUGGGGAGAGCGAUGCGCAACGACGAUUCCUUUCGGAUCUCAACGAUGGCCGCCGCGAAGCCGGGAUACAGACGCCAACGCUUCUCCUCAACGGUACCGAGAACGAGGAUAUUUGGGCCCAAGAUUUCUUGGAGCCUGCGUACGCUAGUAUGCCCGGUCCGGAUGGGCCAAUCUCAAUACGUAUCGUGCUGCGCUCAGCACAGUCUACCAGGGUGGCUGGUCGACAGGUCUUUCACUCGCUCCGCGGUGAAGGCAUCGGCGGAUUCCAGCCAGGUCCUGGGUUCGGGCACGAGGAGAUCAACUCGUUCGGGAAUGUCGAGACCACCCCGCCGUAUACGUCCAAGUCUGGGGUGGUUUACAAAUCGGGUCGAAUUAUCACGGGAAAACAUUUCAACCAGUUGCCUGCUGACUCGAUGCUUACCUUCCUCAACAGCCAGAAAGUCCAGGAGCCGCUCAUCCUCGAGACGGGGUGGCUUUUGGUCGGCCAUGUUGACGAGUUUGUGCAGUUUCUCCCAUUUGACAAUGAACGAGGUUGGACUAUUGGUAUCGCCGAUACUAUUGCUGCAAUGAAGCUGCUGCAAGAUGCGAGUAAGAGUGGUCAUGGUGAUGUGCAUGCGAUUUCAUUCAACCGUACAUCAGACGCCGUCGACGAGGGGCUGGCUGAUCCCGAGGACCUCGAGUUAACCAUCGACGAUCUCCUAGCUAAUAAGACAUUUCAACAAGUCAACAAGUAUGCGCAACGCCAUAUCGAUGCUAAUCUGGGUAUCCUGCUAUCGGAGGUAGAUUUGCCAUUAGAGCAGGUCAUUCGCGUACCUACACUAUUCAAAACCUCCAACUUUAACUUCCCCCCCAACCACCUCCCACCCCACACAGGACCGGUCUUGGCCGGGGAGUUCCAGCUAGUGUCCUUUCUACCGGCAACGGUAAAUGGUGUGGUGCUUGGGAAGCACUAUGUUUCACCGAAGCCUUGGGGCCCGGUCGUUGAGGGGGAUGAUAUCAUGGCAAAGGCUUCACGGCAGGCGUACGCAAGAGCCAAUAUGUCUAUUAGCUUUGUUGACGAUUACCUCUCGCAUCAUGUUGUUGGCGGCGAGGUUCACUGCGGCUCAAAUACACUGAGAGAGGCUGAUGUUACUUGGUGGAGUUAG